AUGCUGGAGCCAAUAACCAGCCCACGCGUCCUUGGCGUGGGCCGUUUGCCAGGGGGCUUGGCCAAUGCACAACACAACUUUAGCAUGCGCGCAAGUUCGCCUGUUCGCUACCUGCUGCGCAGCCCCGUGCAGCCUGUGACAACAAAUGGCUACCCCAUGCAGCCCGUGAAGACAAAUGGCUACCCCGUGCAGCCCGUGAAUACAAAUGGCUACCCCGUGCAGCCCGUGAAGACGGAUGGCUACAUCCGACCAGCAUCCCCGCAUCUGAUCCAGACACGGCGGAUUCCAGUGGAUAGUCAAUCAACACCCCGUCUUCAUCCUGGACAAGUACACAGUCGCAGCCAAGAGCCGCUGACAGUGAUGCAUCCAGUGCCAGUCCCGAGCCCAGCGGCAAGUCCUGGUCGUGGUGCGACCAGCCCCUUCCGGGUCUUCCGGGCAUCGCCGGCAGGAGAUCCAAACGACUGCUUGGUUAAGCAGCUAAAAGCUCUGCAGGAAGCCAAGGACCUCGCGGCUGCACAGCAGGCAGAAAGUGAGCAGAUGAUUGCCAAGCGCCAGGACCAGCUUAGAAGAGAGACGUACAAAGCUUUGUACGCCUCUGGCCUCUCCGAUGCACUUCGGCGCUGGCCUCCACCUUCGCUGAGUCCUUUGAGGGGAGCAGGAGAGCUCUUGGAGCCAGAGCCUCCGCUCGGUUCAUCCCUGGAGGAGGUGCAGGAACGCAGGGAUUCCCUGGCAAAGCAGCUGCGUGCCCUUCAGGCAGCGAAGGUCGAUGUUUCUGCCAAGCAGGCAGAGAGCGACCACAUGGUCUUGCAGCACCAGGAGCCCUUCCCAGCAUUGUCUGCUCACAACCUCGGCGAUCUUCUAAGGCAAUGCGGCGCCCCCGCUGGGCAACAUCCCGAUGGGGAGACACCGCGAUCACCACGCCAGGACAGCACCGGGGUGGAGGAGUCAGCAGCGGAGCAGGAACUGCCCAGCGAAACCACAGCAAGCAGACCGAGCUUGCCGGCCCAUGAACGGGCCAAGCAAGUAUCCAGGGCAUCCAAGGAUGUGCCCAAGUCUCAGAGCUUGACCCGAAGCUCUCGAGGCAGGCGACCCUCCUCCCCGUUCUUGUCAGCGGAGGAAGCCCGGCGCUGCACGGCCGAACUUGCGGCCUUGGCGAGGAACGUGUCAGCAAAGGAGCUGCGGGAGCUGCGCAUGCUCAAGCGGCCUCCUCAGGCGGUGGCGAACUUGUUGGAAGCCCUGAGCAUUACCCUUGGUGACAAGGACUUACGGCCAGCAAGCUUCCGGAAGCUCCUCUCCGACUCCUUGCCCCAGCGCUUGGGAGCUGUGGAUGUCGCUUCCCUAAGCUCCGCGCGGGCUGCCAAGCUUCGGUCGCUGCUCGGCUCGCCAGACGCAAGCGUGGAAGCUGUGUCCAGGAUCUGUCGGCCAUGCGCUUCCCUUGCCGAAUGGUGUGGCUGUCUGAACUCCUGCUUGUCUCGAGAUCAAGAUCAUCCAGACCUGGGUAGCAGAGAGCAGCAGACAGUUUCAACGCAGAGGUCCCAGUCAGACAGCGGCACACCACGCCCUGCCGUAGACCAGUCAUACUUGAUUGUGGAGCCAGAUCUGUCGCAGAUGAGCAGGGAUGAAUUGGCGGAAGUGUGGGACCUGACGGUGACGAAGCCUGACAUCGGCACUGUCGUGUUCCAUGGCACCACAGAUUGCAGAGAUUUGGACAUUGCCGAAACGGUUGUGCUCAAGAGAGGUUAUGUGCUCGUCUACCCAGAUCCAGCCAAAAAGCCGCCACCUGGCGAGGGCUUGAACAAGCACGCCACCGUGACGAUGUACCAGUGCUUUCCCCCAGGCGGCCACGUAAAGGAUGAGGAAGCGCUGGCGGAGUACAAGGUCAAAAUCAAAGAGAUGACGGAAGAGAAAAGCACGUGCAGAUUCAUCGACUACGACUGCUUGACGGGUGUUUGGAAGUUCGAAGUCGAGAGGUUCUGA